AUGGGUGUCUCUCUUUCGACUGCACAAUGGCUUGCGCCUCUUUCAUUCGUCAUUGAUUUUGUGGCCCAGAACUAUGGCAUGUUCAGUACUCCUAACAUGAAAGACGUACACGAUGCAAACCUCUCUUUUUGGUCGCCGCAGCCCUUCUUCAUUGCCGGGUUCUUCUUCCCACAACAGCUUUUCCAAGUGGCCUGGCUAUGGCGCUUGUACAAGGCGGAUACGAAAAUUGAGCCAAUGGAUGCAGAUGUUGGAACGAUGGUUGACUUUGCACCGUUUUACGCCAUCGGCAACUUCUGCAUUGCGACGUGGAUGAUUUUCUGGAAUAGCUCAGAUCUUAAAACCUCCAACGUUUUUGUCAUUAUCAACAGCUUUGCCCAACUCUACUUUAUCUUCAACCGCCUGCCGCCAAUGAACACCAAAUCGGUCAACUCUGUUCUCACCCAUGUCGUUGCCAAGACAUUUGCCGGCAUUGGGGUCUUGGAUCUUCUCCAUAACGGCUCGGUCGCUUACUUUGUUCACCAGCAACCUUCCACCGUUGUCAAGGUGCUUACUGGCGUUGGAUUUGGGCUGUUGGCCAGCGUCAGUGAUUGGAUCUUCGGUGGCUGUCUUGUUUACGACCUCAUUGCUCUAUCCGUUGGCCAGUCUGCCUAUGGGAAUGCCCAAUGGAGCAGGCUACUUGGCAUCUAUGCCGGGGGGGCAGCUGCCAUUGUCAGCGCCCGAAACAUAAUGAAGCCUCCUUACGUUAGCCAGCCCGCAGCUGGCUAUAGCCCUUUGUGA